AUGCUAGAAUUUCAAACAUUUAUUAAAUCUUGUAACGAAACAUGUUAUGUUUUUGUUUUAAAAUCAAUUCAAGGUUUAAAUUUUAUUAAAAAUGGAUUAAUUGAAGCUAAAGAAGGCGAUUUUGACUAUUCAAUUAAACUUAUUAGAUCAACUUCCAAAAUUGCAGAUCUUUUGGCAAAUGAGGCAAAAAAUAAGUCUAUGAUUGCCAAUGACCUUGCUGAAAAAUCAGGAAAGACCCUUUUAAUAGCCAAUCAUAAUAGAAAUGAAGUGAUAGAUAAAAAUAAUAAGGAAAAAGAUAAAGAAAAUGAAAUGAAAGUUAAAAAGGAUAUUCUUCAAUCAGAAAUUGGAAGUUAUGGUAAAAAUAUUGAAGAAUUUCAAAAAAAGGCGGAUGAAGUAGUUGAGAGGGAAAAAAACAAAUCCAUUUUAGAUAAAAUAAUAAAUAUAUUUAUAAAUCAUCCAUGUUGA